UUGAAAAGAAUGGCUCUUGGAAAUGGCUCUUUGGUGACUGAAUUCAUUCUGUUGGGAUUAACAGACCAACCAGAGCUCCGAUUCCCCCUGUUCUUCCUGUUUCUAAUAAUUUAUAUGGUCACUGUGUUGGGAAAUAUGAGUUUGAUAUUUCUAAUUGGGCUGAACUCACACCUACACACGCCCAUGUACUUUUUUCUGUUUAAUUUGUCUUUAAUAGACUUCUGUUAUUCUUCUGUGAUUGCACCCAAAAUGCUGAUUAACUUCAUAUCAAAGAAUAUUAUCUCCUAUAUGGGGUGCAUGACUCAGCUCUACUUUUUCUGUUUUUUUGGUAUUUCUGAAUGCUAUGUGCUGACAUCAAUGGCCUAUGAUCGUUAUGUGGCCAUCUGUAAACCACUUUUGUAUAAUGUUGCCAUGUCCCCUAACGUGUGGUCCAGCCUUAUGCUUGGUUCAUACUUGAUGGCAUUUUCUGGUGCCAUGGCCCACACCGGAUGUAUGCUGAGACUGACCUUCUGUGAUGCAAACACCAUCAACCGUUAUAUGUGCGACGUCUUCCCUCUGCUCAAGCUCUCCUGCACGAGCACCUACAUCAAUGAGCUGGAAGUUUUCAUUGUGGUGGGCAUCAACAUCAUUGUGCCCAGUCUCACCGUCUUUACGUCUUAUGGUUUCAUCAUCUCCAGCAUCCUCCGCAUCCCCUCCACAGAGGGCAGGUCCAAAGCCUUCGGCACUUGCAGUUCCCACAUAAUUGCUGUUUCUCUCUUCUUUGGAUCAGGUGUAUUUGUGUAUCUCAAACCAUCUUCUGGUGGGUCUAUGGAUCAGGGAAAAAUCUCCUCUGUCUUUUAUACCAAUGUCAUUCCCACAAUGAACCCUUUAGUCUACAGUUUGAGGAACAAAGAUGUCAAAAUUGCUCUGAGAAAAACUCUGAGUAGGAGAAAGCUCUGA